UUCAGACAAACUAAAAUUUUCCUGUGAAGGAAGGAUGUAGAGAAUCCAGAGUAGAGACUGCUAAUUACAGUCAGAGAGUUUUAUUUCUCUUCUCCACUCCAAUCUUUAAAAAAAGGUAAAUUGCAGAUUAGUUCAUCACCUUUCUUAUCUCACUUCGUAGAUCGUGGCUUGCUUUUCUGUCUGAAACUGGUGAAGCAAUGCUUCUCUCUCUGGUCCAAACUUCAUUUACAUCACCCUUCCGAGCAACCCAGAUCAAGGGUAGAGAUGUAAAUCCUUCUUUGCUUCCCAAAACCCUCUUCCCUUGUUUCCAAACAGUACACACUAGCACACUGAAGAAACUUGGGGCCGCAUCAUGUAGUGCCAGGAAUGGAAGAUUUCAUGCUUCCUUGCUUGAAGCUCCUCUUCUAUGAGGCUCUGCAUCUUUUAUGCUCUCUUGAAGGCUGGAUUAGCUGGAUCUCAGGCAAGCCUAUCGUUUUCAGGGAAUGGCGAUUUGGGUUUUUCUAAGCGGAUUGAGAACUUAAGAGGGAAAUCAGAGGAAAAGGAAGCAACAGAUAGAAGGAAACUUGUUAGCAAGUGGCAUCCAACAACAAAGGGUACUCUCAAGAGAAGCUACAGAGUCCCUUCCAAAUCUGAAGGAUGACGCCUACUCAAAGCCAUCGCAUCUCUACUCUCUGAGGACGAUCACUUCAUGGAUGCCACUUCCCAUAAGGGUUGUCAAAUAAGGAGGGAAACAGCUCAUGGAGAAAGUGUUUGUUGUAACAAUGUCAGGGCUCUUUUUGAUGAGCUCCCCACUCCACACUUGGUUGUGGAGAUCACAGCUUUUCCUGGUGGUCCUCUCAAAGAAAAGGAUUAUGCCAAGGCUGAGAAGCUAGAAAGGGUGCUUAGGUCUGGUCCUUCAAUUUGAGUCGGUAUUGAUUUUUCAUACUCCCAUCAAACUUUGUAUGUAUCAAUCUGUCACCUGUACAUAUUAUGGCACGAAUAGAAUAGAAGCAGCUUCUCAUGUUACUCUUA